AUGGCUCCCGUCGCUACGCAUCUUCCCACUGUUCCAGCUCAGGCUCCUCACGAAUCGUCGCUCCUUGCGUCGAGCUCCCGUGCGGGUCUCAUCCUUGACGAACGCUUCACUGCAGCCUCGUUCGAAGGUCGACAAGAGCGGCGGUCUCUAGCCAAUGCGCCGACAGACCAAUGUCUCAAGGACCAGACUCGGAAUGAGCACCUCGCAGAUGAUCGGCUGGACAAGCCGGCCACUGUGGGCGAUGAUGUAGGUGAGGAACGCAGGUCCAAACAUGCGGUCGUUGGGGCAACAUCCGAAGUCUUGUCAGCGCUGCAAUCGCUUGCAGCUCAGGCAGAACAUCAACAGCAGCUGGUAAAAGGUGCUCCGAUGGUACUGAGCGCUGAUGAUAGGGCCGGUCUGACUUCUGAUGCGCAGCCAGCUUGUGAUGGCAAGGAAGAAGACAAGCAGUCUCCUCGCCCUUCGUCUGGAGACUCUGAUAAGUAUGCAGCGCCGGAAGAUGCUCCUUCGCCAGCCUCUUCUUCCGAGGAUGCACCAGGCUCGGAAUAUGAUGAAAACGAGCAGCGAAGCAGUCUCAUGGACGUUGCCAUGCUGGCGGAUUUGCAGAAACAAGAGCUGCCCAAAACGCAUCUAGGUGAGCAGGAAGAGCAUGAACAAGCGAUUGAAACGCAAAGCCCAGAAGGAGGGGAUACAACACCUCCAAUGGGCGAGGCCGGAAUUACAUCGGAGCAAAAGCAUUGGCUAGAAGCUACUGAGCCCGACCCCAAAUAUCAGCCGGUAGCGGAAGCGAUCGAGUCCCCGAGCCCAGACUACGGUCAGCAAGGUCUCACCCUCAUGCUGAACACCCUCUUUGACCAGAUGGAGAACAAGCGUGCUGAAUUCCGGGAAGAUGCCCAGGGAACGGAACGAGAAGCCCUGAGGGUCGAUCGAGAGCCAAUUCCAGUCCACCUGGAGGCCGACUCCACCGCUUUCGCUUGGCGACAGGAGUCUCUCAAUCCUCUUACCCGGCCUGCAGAAGAAGAGAUAGCCAGCGGGUCGAAGCGACAAAAGCUCCACGACAAUUGCGCCUCGACGUCGGAGCUACCUUGUCCCAUCGAUGAUCCAGUCUCUUCCUCGGUGCCAAAGAAGAAGCAACCAGUCAGGCGAACGACCAAACCUCCGGCAAAGCCGAAAGCGCCUACGAAGCUGAAAGCACCUCCCAAGCCGAAAGCACCUGCCGAACCGAAAAAGCAACCAAAGAUGAAAGCACAAGGCAAGAAAGCCUUCGCGCAGGUCGGGCAGGAGUUGGAAGGUGGCAAGCUGGCAACGCUGCCUGCUCCGAGCGACAGCGCUGGUCCGGACGCGAUCGCUGGCACAAACCAUGUUGCUGAGGCGAGGUUCGAUCAGACUGAGCCGGCUGCAGGUCAAGAGCCGGCUGCUCCGACCAAAAAGACUCGCAAGGCUCGAGCCCGUCCUGGAAGGCAGCCCACCAAAGCAGUAGCAGCUCCUGUCCUCGGCGAGAGGCCAGAGACGGAGGCGCCUGUCGAGGUUUCCGGUGGAAUUGCUGCUCCCAUCGAGUCAUUGCUGUUGCAUGGAACCUCACAAGCCAGCGAACUGGUACCGGCUCCUCCAGUAGUGCAAGAGACAGAGGUCAAACCCAAAGCAAAAAGCAAGUCAAAAGCGAAAAACAACCCCAGAGCGCAGAGCAAGGCGAAAGGCAAAUUCAAAGCCUCGCCGACGGAUGCGAUCGAGAGCAACUUGGCUGCCGCACCGGCCUUGCCUGAGGGCGAUCUGCCACCUCGUUACAGACCGCCUCAGCAGACGUACAGCCUGACAAGGUCUGCCAAAGGGCCUGUGGCUCAGCUUCGACCUGCUCAAGCGGAUGGUGCUAUCUCGGAGCUGGAGCUGGAGCCCACACCGCAGCAGCUGCCGAGCAUCGCCUCCUUCGACACCGCAUCAGGCUGUUCCCGCAAACAAGUAAGCUUGGCCGAGCUAGCUGGUCAUAGUCCGGUUGAGACCCCAGGACAUGAAGUCUCACCAUCAUACCGAGUUCACCUAUCCUCCGACGCUCUGCCGCAGGGUCGAAUGACGGCUACCUUAUCGGCUCGUCCAGCUGAGCAGAAUGACUCGACAACGACGACGAGCUCAAAUAUAUUUGCUUCGAUGCCUCCGCCGCACUAUCCGGCCCAGGCAUACUGGCAGACUCGUGCAGAGGUGGUACAACAGCAGCAGCAACAACAGCAGCAGUAUCGUGCGUUCAGCUCGCUCACCAGCGCUGCGUCUGUGAUGGCCGAGGCAUCUGCGGGCUUGGACGGCGCUAUACCGGGCACUCGCUCGUCGGCUCUGUAUGAUACGGGCCAAGAUGCUGCUAGCCCUGCCACUGUAGCCAACAACUCACUCAGCGUGGCAGGGGAUGGAGUCUCGGACACAACUUACCUCUCUGCUAGCGAAUCCUCCUUCAAGUGGGACCCUGAACCGAGGAUCCUUCCGUCGGGAUGGAGACGUCCCUAUUUCGAUAUCAUUGACCCGGAUGCUUUGAUGACGACGAUGCGACACAGCACCGUCUGGACGUUUUGGGACUGCUAUCUGCCUUUGGGAUGCCGAGAUCAGGACCUGGUGGUUGUGUCGAACGACAGCGUCGCCUUUCCGUGCGCGGCGUGGAAUCCGUGUCUGUUCUCGAACUUGCUCAGGAGCGUGAUUAGGAGCCCCAGACAAGUCAUUUCUCAGGUCUUGCAGCGCGGCGUGGAAGAGAAUCGCAAGAAGCUCGGAUACCAGCCGCUGCCUUGCAUCUGGGUGGACGAAGAUUGGCACUCGACCAACCUGCUGCUCUCGUUCGUGCAUCCGAUUCCGAACAUGUUCCUGCCUGACCGCGACACGUGCCGCAUCGUCAUGGAUCUCGGUCUGCGAUACGGCGUAGAACGCGCGGUGAAUGCAGCGAGGCAGAGGACGCUGCAGCUCGACAAGGUCGACGAGGAGGACGGAACUGAAAAGGACAAGGGCAAGGGCCGUGCGAGCGAGGACGACAUUGCUGCCAACGUAGCCGAUCCUGCUGCUAUUGUCCCGCGGGAAUGA